AAUGCGGGGCACUUGUACGGGUGGUCAGGGAGGAGGGACAGCCUCAAUAUUCAAAUCACCCCCGUUCCCGGAAAUUCAGGCCGCCGCAAGAGUCCAAGCCUUCAUUUCAUUUCAGCCCCAGCCGUUCUCUCUCGAUGACCCACAAACCACCAGACUUGGCAUAGUGUCUCUGGGAUGUCCGAGCACGUCCCCCCCGCCCAGCCGCGAUCCUCCAGGACAUCUGCUGAGAACAUCAGCACUGGAAUGGCCAUAGUUGGAAUAAUGUUACUUCUAAGAAGUGUUCGACUGACAUCAAAAUUCACGAGUUCUUCAGGUAUUCCAGCAGAAUUUAUAAAAAGGAAUGUUAAGCUACGUGGACGAUUACACCGAGUAACAGAGAAUGGCUUAGAAAUUGAACAUAUUCCCAUUACUUUUCCUAUUAUAUCUUCAUGGAGAAAUGAGCCACAUGGUGUUUUGCUGGUUAGGUUGGCCGGAGUAGAACUCACUGAAACUGGUAAGGUAUGGUUACAAAACGAGUUAAAACCUUCCCAACUGCUGUGGUUCCAACUUCUUGGAAAAGAGAACUCAACACUCUUUUGCUACCUUUUAGUGAAAAAGGGUAAAUAUUUUAAUGUGAAUCUGAAUGAAGAAAUUUUGAGAAGAGGCCUUGGCAAAACUGUUCUUGUUAAAGGGCUAAAUUAUGAUUCUAAAAUCUACUGGACAAUUCACAGAAAGUUACUUAGAGCUGAAUUAACAGCCUUAAAAAAAGGAGAAGGAAUAUGGAAGGAAGAAUCUGAAAAAACAAGUUAUUUGCAAAAAUUCAAAGGUAUCUGGAAAGAAAUGUUGAAAAAAGACAGUUAUUUAAUAAAAACUGGAUCAGAUUUCAACUUGAAUAAAGAAAGGUAUUAUGACAAAUGUAAAAGGAUCUACAAAACAUUGAUAGACAACUUGAAUAACUACUCCUUAAUAUUGAAAUUCAGAGAACUUAAGAGUCGCAUACACUUUCGUAGAAAAGGGUAAAAUGUUCUGAGGUCUGGAGGUGGCCUAGUCUGAAAAGAAUCAAGUAUUUAAAUAUAUGGAUAUUUUUUGUUGAGUCAGAAUGGAAAUUUCCUCAGAUGAUCAAAGUUGUAUUCUAAUGAUUUUUAAAUAUUUAAAAGAUGAUUAUUAUAAAUGUAACAUAAGCAUUUACUUAAACAUAUUGUGGUUAAUGUAAAUUUUCUAUGCUUUUAGGAAAAAAAUGAGAUAGUAUAAAAGUUACCAUGUUGAAGGACUUAUAUAUGUACUUCUGAUGUUUUGAACAGAGAGUAUAACUAUUGGCCAUUAUGUUAUUUUAGUUAUUUUGGGCAGUCAUGUUAUUUUUUGUUUACAGAGUUUUUGUCUUUUUUUUUUUCAGUUAUAUUAAGUUUGAGUAUUUAUAAUAAAGGUGCUCUUUAUACUUCAUGUCUGAGGCCACACCUCUCUUAACUGCUUCUUGCUUGUGAAUUUGAGGCAAUGCUGUCAGAGAAGGGCACUUUGACAUUCUUAGUGAUAAAGUAUGGCUAAUUUUUUCUAUUGUUAGCAAAGGGCAGGUGAGGAAAGAAUGAAAGAAAGCAGAGACACUGAGAUGUUUGUGUAGUAUGAAAUUGCUGACUUCUCUUAAAUCUCAAACUGGUAUCAUUCUAGGUUUAUAUAUAUAUAUAUACAGUGAGAGAGAGAGAGAUGCAUAAUUUUUCUAUAUAUGGAAGCAAAAUUAUAAAAAACAUAUCCUUUAUUUUUAUUAAAAAUAAGAUAUCUGAAACAUAGUUUGUUGUUUUAGAAAUCUUUGGGUUUGUGGGAAACACUGAGUUCAUUUCUUACGUAAUGACUGUUGCACAAAUAGGCAUUGAACAAUUUGUUGAAAGAAUGGAUGAAUACUCUGAUUUACUUUUGUAACCGAGAGUUAAGAAUUAACAAAUGAUUAUGAUUCCUGAAUCAUUACAUAGACUUGUUUCCCUCUAGUAUAUUGCAGAAUAGCCAACAGUUAAUACCUGAAAUUACUGAAACUCCCUGAACUAGUCUUAGCCCUGUUUAUACUUACUAGUGUGAUGGUUAUUCUAGCCUAGUCUCAGUCCUGUUUAUACUUAUAUUGUGUUGGUUAUUCUAGCCUAGUCCCAGCCCUUGUUUAUACUUGCUAUGGUAAGUAUGGUAACCACUCCACCUUCUCUUGUUUGGAUCCAUAAAACCCCUAAACUCCUUAGACUCAGGGAGACAGAUUUUUAGGCCUCUAGGCCAUCUGAUCUCCUGUUUCACAUUAGCAGUAAACUCUUUUUGAAACCUGGGUGGCAUGGAUUGGCUGUUAAGCGCCCUGGGCAGAGAACCCUGCUUUUGUAAGGUAACAUUUUAAUUUUCCAGUUGUUUACUGUCGGAAAUAAAGCGGUACCUGUAAGGGAAUAAAUGCUCACUCGGUUCUGGAGGAGAAAAAAAUUUAUUUACGAUCUUGC